AUGUCUUCCCUCCUCACAAUCCUCGGCCUCACAGCCCCAGAAGGCCUCGACCUCCCCAACCGCGCUAUCCCCUACCUCCUCUUCAACUGGUUCUACGCCUACGGCAUUCUCAGCACCCGGCCUGCGAAACGUCUCCUCCGUAUCGACCAUAACGUCGCGCCCAGAGAUGACCUGAAAGUCUACGGCGAGGCAGCCGUGCAAGCGGGAAAAAUCACCCGCAGACAGUUGGAUCGACUCAAGCGGCAGGAGGCAGCGCAUGCCAAUGCCGUCGAAGGAUUCCCGUUAUUUGUGGCGGCUGUGGUAGUAGCACUGCACACAGGCCUCCCCAACGACGUGAUCAACGGUAUCGGGGCAUGGUACACGAUAUCCAGGAUUCUGUUUGGGCUUGCAUAUGUGUUUAUUGAAUCGGAGACGUUGAGCUUUUCGCGGUCGGUGUUGUGGUGGUCUGGGAAUAUCAGUUGUAUUACUGCUUUGGUGUUGGGAGGGAGGAAGUUGAAUUGA